UGCUUGUGCAAGAAGCUGGAGAUCAUUGACAGGGUGACUAGGGCUGACCACUUUGGAGGUGAAGUCUCAAGAGGUGGAAGAAAGCCAGCAGAGGGACCUGUGGGGAGCUGGAGAGAGAUCCACCUCAUCCUGGUUGAACGGAGGGCCUUGUGCAUGAAAGUGCCUGAAGACCUCUCAUUAGAAGAGAGAGAAGAACUUUUGGACAUUCGUCGAAGAAAAAAGGAACUUAUUGAUGACAUUGAGAGGCUGAAAUAUGAAAUUGCGGAAGUGAUGACAGAGAUUGACAACCUAACUUCAGUGGAGGAAAGCAAAACUACUCAGAGGAACAAGCAAAUAGCCAUGGGAAGAAAGAAAUUCAACAUGGACCCCAAAAAGGGAAUUCAGUUUCUAAUUGAAAAUGACCUGCUGCAGAGUUCCCCAGAAGAUGUUGCCCAGUUCCUCUAUAAAGGAGAAGGAUUAAAUAAGACUGUCAUUGGGGACUACCUGGGCGAGAGGGAUGAAUUUAAUAUCAAAGUUCUUCAGGCUUUUGUUGAACUCCAUGAGUUUGCUGAUCUCAACCUGGUACAAGCCUUAAGGCAGUUCCUAUGGAGCUUCAGGCUGCCUGGAGAGGCUCAGAAGAUCGAUCGAAUGAUGGAGGCCUUUGCUUCUCGCUACUGCCUGUGCAACCCAGGCGUCUUCCAGUCCACAGACACAUGUUAUGUGCUGUCGUUCGCCAUCAUCAUGCUCAACACCAGCCUGCACAACCACAACGUGCGCGACAAGCCCACCGUGGAGCGGUUCAUCACCAUGAACCGUGGCAUCAACGAGGGGGGGGACCUCCCUGAGGAGCUGCUGAGGAACUUAUAUGAAAGUAUUAAGAAUGAACCAUUUAAAAUCCCGGAGGAUGAUGGGAAUGACCUGACACACACGUUCUUUAACCCAGAUCGGGAAGGCUGGCUUCUGAAGCUGGGUGAGCCUAGUGUGUAUGCCCCGCCCACAGCCCCCAAGCCCACCCGGCAGCUACCUGGUCUCCCUCCCACUCCUUGUAGCGGAGGCCCCUAAGCACAAGGUAGAAAUGUAAAAAAAGAGUGCAGCUGAGCCAAAGUCUGCUCUAAGCAGCCACCCAUCCCAGCACCAAUGGCUGCUUCCUUGAAUAGUGGCCUUUCAAAGCAAGCCACAUGUUCAGUGUCCACGGCAGGGACUUUACAACCCGUCCCAGAAAACUGCCGAGUUAGCGUCCACCUAAAUGCAGGGCAGUUUUCUCUACAAGAAGCAAGUACACUUACCUCCAAAGGACCUGUGUGCCUUUCUCUUGGUUUGGCGUGGCUGUGGUUUUUGAUGAGUGGUUUAAAUGUGCCUUCUUGUUGUUUUCCUUCUGCCUGUGGCUCCCACCUUUCUGUUCUGUGACGGGCUGUCCCUGCUUGUCCUGCGUUAGGAGGUAGGUACCC